AUGACAACAACACCUGUGGUUUUGGACGAAGAUACUUAUACCGAAGCCUUAAGCGCUAUCAUCGAACGUGAUUUCUAUCCACAGCUAUCAGCUUUAAACCAGAGACACAACUAUGCUGGAGCAGCACUGCAAACAGAUGGACUCAGCGAUCUUGGAACCCCAAUGGUGCAAUCGAACAACACUUCCAAGAAUGAAGACAAGACGACCGUCAACUAUUACAAUCCGGAUGCCAUUCAACUUGCUGAUCGGGUGAAUCUCGAUCUUUCUUUGGAUCAGUUUCAAACAGUGUAUACAAGUGAAGACAACGCUUCUUUUACCGAUAUCAUCGACAAGACGAAUGCACGGCAGAGGGAAAAGUAUCGGUGGUUACUGGACAAGGAGGCUCAAAUCGAGAGUUCAAAACGGCUGCUUGAAAAUCAUGCAAAUCGACUGGAGGUUGACGAUGAUGGAUUUGUGCGACCACCAGAAAUGUGGCGAUACAAAGCAAAGAAUGCGCUCAUGUACGUCCCAGAUGGCACCGGCAAAUCCUUAUUGAAUGAAAAAGAUUCGAGAGCACCCCAAAAGUCCAUCAGCUACAACAAUACGAAUUUUACAUCAAGCCAAGGCGUAACCUCUUCCAAUGGACGUGAUAUACCAGCAUCUGGAACCAUAUUACCGGAGGAUGACAAUGAGUCCAUAACAUCAGAAAUGACCAUGGGUUAUCGGGGUUAUCGUUUGGUUGACGCGACGCCAUCUCCAAAUCCUUCGAGGAUAGGGACACCCAUCAUGACUUGGGGCUCCAUUGAAGGAAGUCCUACUUUGUUAAAUAGUUCAGAAACACCAGGCCCACGAUUUUCGUUACCAAAGGUUUGCAAGCGAGAAGAAUUAGGGAUGAAAUUAUCAGAAAAAGCAUCACGUGCACGCCGAAAGCGUACAAUGGAAAAAUCCGUCAGGAGAACGCCAAUCACAGGGACAAUGUCUCCAGCAGCAGAACAGCUUUUGAGACGAAGCGGUACACCAAAAAGUACGGGAUUUGGACAAGCGUUACGGUCAUCGUAUGGUCAUGGGGCUACUCCUCGAUCAAAGUUUUCUUCCACCCCGCUGUUCAAGGCUGGAGCAACACCAAGCACCUUACAUUCUAGAUCCCCCUUUCCUCAACAACGAUGA